CAAGCAACCCCAUUCUCUCAACAACCACCUAAUUGACAUUGCAAAAUGGAGCAAGUGCUGUCCUAUCUGCCCCCCUUCGAGGGCCUGCUGCCCAAGUGGCUCGUUUUCGUCUCCGUGGUCUCCGCUGUCAACAGUGUGCAGGCCUACACCUCUGCCGAUUACACCUCCAAGCUCUACACCAAUGGUGCCAUUGCCGUCGAGCCUCUUUCUGGCCGCGUCUUUGGUACUUGGACUUUCCUCUCUGCGGUCAUUCGCAUGACUGCCGCCUACAACAUUAACUCGCCCGUCGCGUACGAUCUCGCCCUGUGGACCUACGGUAUCGCCUUGACACACUUUGUGGGAGAGCUUAUCUUUGGUAAUGCCUCUCUGCGCGGUCGCUUCUUAAGCCCGUUGAUUGUCGCUUCAUCGUCGCUGGCUUGGAUGUUGUCUCAACGGGAGGCCUAUCUGGGUGCUUGAGCUGGAAUAAAAAGGGGGUGCAAGGUAUGGUCAUUGGCUUGGCCUUGCGUAUGCCGGGGUUGAAGUCGGCUUGAUGAUGCUCAUGAAGCAGGCACCACUUUAUACACUAAUAAUAGAAAAAUCAUAUAUUUCGGCGAGGUUAUAUCUAAUACAGAAGGGUUGUUUACACGUGCCAAUAUCCUAUUGACGUC